AUGAAAACCCCAGUGUCAAUUGAUCCUUGGAAAGACCAUUCCUCUCCCAAAUCCCUUAAACCUAAAAAGAAUCGGUUUCUUCAAUUAUCACGAUUCAAAUACAAAAAUGGUCUCAAGAGAUUGCUAAAGUACCAAUAUUUAUUGCUGCAAGGUAAAAGGAGUGUGGCCAAAAUGCAGCAAAUGGACUCCUUGCAACCUAACAACGCAACAGGACUGGUGAAAACUGGACUAGAGGCGGGGGCCGGUAGCGGCAUGAAAGAGCCCCCGCCACGAGAGGAGCCGGUCCUAGACCCAAUCAACGGUGUUGUCCAGCCACCGGUCAUACCUCCAUCCCACAGGCCUGGCCGAGUAACCAACCAGUUGCAAUAUAUUCAGAAAAAUGUCCUCAAAGCAGUCUGGAAACAUCAGUAUGCUUGGCCCCUACAGCAACCUGUCGAUGCUAACAAACUCAAUCUUCCGGAUUACCAUAAAGUUAUUAAACAUCCAAUGGAUCUUGGUACUAUCAAAAAACGACUGGAAAACAAUUAUUAUUGGUGUGGUGCAGAAUGUAUUCAAGAUUUCAAUACAAUGUUUAACAAUUGCUAUGUUUAUAACAAACCUGGAGAAGACGUUGUUGUUAUGGCUCAAACAUUGGAAAAACUAUAUUUGCAAAAGCUGGAAACGAUGCCCAAAGAAGAGAUUGAACUGGAGCCUCCACCACCUAAAGGCUCCAAGCCAGUUAAGAAGCGGCCUGGAGUUAUAGGACCUGGAAGAGGAGGUGGGACUACUGGUGCCGGGAGGGGGAGGCCUUCCAAUUCAACCACAGCAGCCGCAGCAGUAGUUGCUGCCCCUGUACCUCCUGCCACUCCUCCGUCUCACCUUCCAGCGACCAUACCUGGUUCAACUGCUACCACUACCGUACCUACCACACACCAUAACUCUCUUCCUCCACAGGUUGGGCAGCCAGCAGCUGUACCCUCCAACUUCAAUGCCACUACCGUUGAUCCUCUCUUAACACCUGGAUUGGCUCCCGGUGUGGGUCCAAAAGGUGGCAAAGGGGCCGUCGUCCAGACCCCAACGGCGCCCAAACCGAAGAAAGGGGUCAAAAGAAAGGCUGAUCUAGCAAAUGAUAGCCCUGCCGGGUUUGACCCGACCUACACCCCAGGUGACUCCAAAGCUGCCAAGGUUGGCACUAGGAGAGAAUCUGGAAGGCAAAUUAAAAAGCCUCAAAGACAGUCAGAUGAUGGUAUGCCGUUUUCUCAAAGCCCAAUGGCACCCUAUUCACAUUCGAAUUCAACUCAGGCUUCUCACGAAAAGCCAAAAGAAAAACUUUCCGAAACAUUAAAAGCGUGCAAUGAAAUAUUAAAAGAAUUGUUUUCUAAAAAACAUUUCAAUUAUGCGUGGCCAUUCUAUAAACCUGUCGAUGCUGAAUGGCUCGGUUUACAUGACUAUCAUGAUAUUAUUAAGAAACCUAUGGAUCUCGGAACAGUUAAGCAAAAAAUGGACAAUCGAGAAUACAAAACAGCGACUGAAUUUGCUGCAGAUGUAAGGCUGAUAUUUACAAAUUGUUAUAAGUAUAAUCCUCCCGAUCAUGAUGUUGUUGCAAUGGGCAGAAAAUUGCAGGAUGUUUUUGAAGUCAGAUUCGCUCAAGUACCUGAAGACUCCCCUACAUCGACUGUUCCCGAAAAGGAAGACGAAUCCACCUCUGGGUCAUCAUCUGGCUCUGAAUCCGAAACUGAUAAUUCAGAAGAUGAAAGGGCCCGCAAACUUAGUCAAUUACAAGAGCAGUUAAGAAUCAUGCAGGAGGAGAUGAGAAAACUUGUUGAAGAAGGCACCGUAAAAAAGAAAAAGAAGAAAAAAGAUGGGUCAGGUUCUGGUGGAAGCUCUUCUAGUAAGAAAAGGAAAUCUGCUGAUAGAACACUUGGUAAAGCUGUCGAUGGUGGACUUUUAGCUGGUGUCGGAGCGCCUGCUAUCAUGGAAAUGAAGGCUACCGAUGGUGUAAAGGCCGUUCCUCCUCCAGGCAGGAAUGCUGUCCCCUCACCUCAGGUUAAACCAAACAAGGGCAAAGCCCCCGGCAGGACACCAGGAAAAACUAAUUCUCAGGGUAAGAGGCCAAAGCCAAACUCCAGGUCUACCAACUCAAAGAAGAAGAAUCCUGUGGUCACAUCAGAGUUUAACUCAGAAGAUGAAGAUAACGCAAAGCCUAUGUCUUACGAUGAAAAGAGACAGCUAAGCUUGGAUAUUAACAAGCUACCAGGUGAUAAGCUUGGCAGAGUAGUCCAUAUCAUUCAGGCCAGAGAGCCCUCUUUGAGGGAUUCGAAUCCUGAUGAAAUUGAAAUUGACUUUGAGACAUUGAAGCCAUCAACCCUGAGGGAGCUCGAGUCCUACGUUGCAUCAUGUCUCAGGAAAAAGCCACGUAAGCCCUACAAUAAGAAAGUUUCUGCAAAAUCAAAAGAUGAAGCGAUGGCAGAGAAAAAACAAGAGCUAGAAAAAAGGCUUCAGGAUGUGACUGGCCAGUUGGGAGGAUCAGCAAAGAAGCAAGCUAAAAAACAAGGUCAGGGAAGGCUUUCAGCAUCUUCAUCAUCAAGCUCAGAUUCUGAUACUAGCAGUUCAAGUCUCUCAAGCAGUUCUUCCGACUCAUCUGAUAGCGAAGCAGGGAAAGCUGGGCGUCCACCGAGAAAGAAAAACAAGAAAAAUCACCAAUUAGCAACAACUGCUGCUUCAGCUGUCCAACAGAAUCAGACAGUCCCCAGCUUGACCAUGACAACAGCUACCGGUACAAUUGUAAAUAAAUCUGUCGGGGCUACACAGCCCGUAGUACCGUUAGCAAGCACCAAUAAACUUACCGUACCUACAGUAUCUGCAGUCGCACACCCUGAACCUGUGAAACCUGUCGUGGCAUCUCAUAGUAGCCUGCCUCAACAACCUGCGAGGCCGACCGCUACAGCAGCCCCUCUCACAACCGCUAAGAGAGCGUCAAUCCCUACACCUGCUACAGCCUUAGGUAUACCUCCUCCUGCGCCAACCAGCCUUGAAACAGGUCCUGUCGAGAUUAAACAAGAAUUGGAUGUUCCUGUUUCACUAGCUCCUGUGCCAGACCACUUGGAUUUCAAAAACCUUUUGGAAGUUAAGCCCGAGUUGAAUGAUAUUGUAACAGGGAUGCCUUCAGUAUUUGAUCCUCUGCCCGACUCACCCCCCAUAAUAAAGGAAGAAAAACAUGCCAUACUCCCUCACCACGCUGAUGGACAUCUGAAUAACUCACUUCCCCCUAUAAGUAACAUACCUGUUCAACCAAUUAUACCGAGUGCUGCACUUCCAACAACACCACACGUCUUAGAUAUGAACAAAAAUUCUCAGCCUCCUCAGCUUCCUCAGACACCAGUUUUACCACACUCCUUUAAGCCUAAGACUGUCGAACAAAACUUGAAAAACGCCAGUUCAUGGUCUUCACUUGCCCAAUCUCCAACACCUGCUCUUACCCCAACUCCACCCACUGCAGCGGCACUGAAGUCAUCGAUGGCUGACAGUUUUCAAGCAUUUAAGAAACAAGCUAAAGAAAAUGCCAAAAAGCGUGCCCUCAUUGAGCAGCAAGAAAUGAGACGGCAUCAAAAAGAACAGGCUGAAAGGGAAAGAUUACGUGUUGAAAAUGAGAAGAGGAGAGAAAGAGAAGAAGAAGAAGCUUUGGAAAAGGCCAGAAAUAGUUAUGUUGGAAACAGGAAGGCUGCUGUAGUGGCUUCUGGGGGAAGAGUUGAAGAGGUUAAAAAUGCUGCUAUUGACGAGAGCUCCAGCCCUAGCACAUCAGACAAGGCUGCUGCGGAACGAGAGCGUCUAAGGCAACGAGAGCAAGAGAGACGGCGGCGAGAAGCGUUGGCUGGACAAAUUGAUAUGAAUAGACAAAGUGAUUUAAUGGCUGCUUUUGAACAGACCUUGUAA